AUGAAAAUAAAUGCAUUGCCAGUUCUUUUUCAAGGAGAUUUAUAUAUUGCUAGUCCUGUUAAUUUAAAAACACUCCGUGGAUCUAUUCAACAAAGUAAUGGUGAUGGAAUUGCUUUACAAAAAAUUGAUAGAAUGUCAGAACUAAGAGUUCAAUGUGAAGACACUACUAAUGGGUCAUUAAAUUUGUUAUUAGAAUAUGAUUGUUUGUUGGCUCAUCUUUCACAAGCACUUUUAGGUGCUCCAUUACCAAUAGAAUUUAAAUGGAAAAUUCCUAUAACAAAAAAGAAAACAGGAUUAUUUUCUAUCAUUGAAACAACUGAAAUUACAUUAGAAGAGCAGAGUUCUUCUUCUAUUAAUUUUGAACGGGUUCAUGUAUUAUUUAAUGCUGGAUUAAUUACUUUUAGAAAUGCCACUUCAUUGGUUAGUUCUAUUCCAACAGUUCCUGAUUCAGUUAAGGUUUUUUCUAAAGCAGCUGGUAUUUUUGUUGCUUGUAUUGAAUUAGCUGAUAAAUGUGGGUUAAAAAAACAAUCAAAUGAUGCAAGAUUAUUAAGUACAAUAUCUCGUGGGUACGCACAACUAGCUAUGUAUGUAAAAGCUGUAAAUAAUAAUAGUAGUGUAAUGUUAAGAUCUAAGAUUGCUGGAGGUGCAGUAGAUUUAUUACGUGAUGGAACUAAACUGUUAUAUAAUUUUGCACUUAUAGUUGCUCAUAAUGCAGCAGCAACUGUAAGUGAAGAAAAUUUAGAGUAUGGAGAUGCAUUAUCACAUUAUAAAGAAUGUUUAAAAAUUAUUCAUGAAUCAAAUAACUCCAAAUUUGAAAUAAUGGGAAAAGAGAUAAAAAGUGUAUUUGAUUCAUUAAUGAAAGACAAUAAUGAUAUUUAUAUGAAACCUAUUCCUGAUAUAACUCCUGAAAUACAAAGCCGUAUUGUUGUUACUGACACUGCUUAUGAAUUAAAAGACCAGGAAUCCCCAUUUAAAUCUAUUGUUCCAUUUGCACUUCGAGGACCAUUACAAAGAUACCAAAGAGAGAGUGGAAAAAUUGUUAGUGAUACAAAAAAUGAUAUUCCUCAAUACACUGUUGAUGGAGAUAGAGUGAUACAAAACAUAAAUUUGAGAGAACUUGAAAAUGAAGUAGAAAAUUUAAAUGGAAUACCAACAAGACUUAGAAUUGUUCUAUCAAGAAUUAAAGGAAGUAAUAGUAUCGAAGAGGUACUUAAACAAUUAGAAGAAAUGAAUGAAAAGAAUAAAAAACUUAGAAAUGAUAUUGAAGAAAUUAACGAAGAACUAAAACAAGAAUCUGAAGAAAAUGAUAUGAUGAGAAAAAAAUAUCAAGAAAGUUGGGAUAGACAACCAUCAAAUAUUGUUGGAAGAGAAAUAUAUAACGAAGUUGAAAAAAUUAAUAAAAUUCUUGAUUUUAAUAAAAAUUGUUAUUUGGAUGGUAAGUCGUUAAUUCUUAAAAAUGAAUUAAAGAUUAAAAUAUUAAUGAAAGGAGAAGAUGAAUUAAUGAAUUCAUUACCAAAAAAUAAUGGAAGUAUUUUAAAGGAAAUGGUUAGACAAAUGACUGAAUUAUUUGAAAGUUGGAAUGAAAUUAAAGUUCAAAGAGAAGAAGCAAUGAAUCAAAUUAUUGAAUUACAAUCAAAACAUCAAAAAACAUUAUUAGAAGAGAUGAAACAAGCUAGUGAUAAAAAUAUUUAUAUUGAUUCAUUAAUAAAAGAAUUUGUAGUUCAUACAAAUGAAAUUCAAAAAAAUCUAAAUCAACAAACAGAAUUAAUGAACCAAAUUUAUAACCUUCAUAAUGAUAUUCUUCAAAUUACAACUUCUGUCAAUGGCACUAAAACUUCUGUUUGCAAUGAAUAUUCUGAAAUUGGUGAAAAAUAUAUUUCAAAAUCUCUUCAAAUCGUUGAAAUUCUUGUUCAAUUAGAAAGUUUAGAAGAAGAUAUUAACAAAUUACAAAAAGAUGUUAAAAAGUAUUGUGAAACAAGAAAACAAGAACUUCCUAUUAUUGAACAAAAGGCUAAAGAAAAUAUAAAAAAAUUAGAUGAUGAAAGAAAGAAUCAACAACCUUUACAAUAUUCACAAAAUUCUUAUUCUACUAUUCCUCAACAAUAUCCUCCUUCUUUUAAUCCUCCUUUUCAAGAAAAUAACACUUCAAAACCAUAUCUUUCUUCUUAUACUCCUUCUUAUAGCCAAAAUAAAAAUACUACUCAAUACCCUUCUUCUUAUGUAACUUCUCAACAACAAAAUAAUCUAACACAAUACCCUUCUUCUUAUUCUCCUUCUAACCAAUUAAAUAAUCAACCCCCUUCUUAUCCUUCUUCUUAUACUGUUUCUAAAUCAAAUCAACCUGUAAACAGAUAUUCUACAACUCAAACAUCUCCUUCUUCUACUUCAGUAAAUUCAUACCAUCCAAGUUAUACUACAACUAAUCUUACACAACCACCACUAUAUUCACAAAUUCCUCAAUACCAAAACACACAAUAUAAUUAUUCAAAUUCUACUGUUCCUUUAGGAACUUUUCAACCACCAGUCCCUACAUUAUCUUCUCCAACAUCAACCCUUCCACCUCCAACAUCAUCAACUACUUAUCCAUUAUCAGCUCAAGAAUUACCAUUAAGUAGAGGAACUCAGCCAUAUCUCUCGUCUUCAGUUGGAAGAGUUCAAUACGGAACAGUACCACCUCCUCUUUCUCCUUAUGGAACUGUUCCAGCCCCAACAACACCAUAUCACUCUCCAUAUCCAUAUGGAUAUAAUCCAUUCUAA